AUAAACGGAAACGGGGGAUGACAACUUUGCUAACCUGGCAACCCGGACACCGGUCUGUUCAGUAGUUACUGAGGGGAAGAUGGUGGACUUGGCGACCGUAGCGUGUUCAGAACUCCGUCCGAAGCACUUCGAAAAAUAUUUACCAUCUCAACCUGGUGUUAGGUAUAGAUUACCCGGGGACAAUCACAGAUAAUACUUGGAGAAAACCACCGAAGAGAGCGACAUUUUCGCUUCCGAACAACUCUUUAUCACGGGAUCGAACGGCGGAGAGUUGCAAAACGUGGUGGUUGGCGUGCUAUUUACGGACAGUAGCCGACGUUAACAGAAGUGUUAAGAGAAGUGUGAAAGAAAGUGGCUAUUAUUGUGUAUUGUGAACCCAUCUGACGAGCUAAACCACGGGGACCACUUGGCCGUCGUCUGUUUCUUUCAAAUCUUUUGCGGGCGGACCUGUAACCAGCUAACGGUAGCUGCUACUCUAGCUAGCUGCCGUGACCUGGAGGAGCCGAGCACCGGUCGACAUGCCGCGGAGUAAAAAGGGGAAACGUGGCUCCGGUAAGCCAGGCUCUCUCCGUCUGGAAGUUCUUCAACUGCAGUUGUCGGCUAAAGCGUCUCCGAAAGGAGUAAAAAAUGGGAUGAAGGGGGAGUCUGCUGCUAGCGAUGACGAGCUGGCGUCUGAUAUCCUGAGCCACUACAGCAGUGCCAGUGACAGCGCCUCCGUGCUGGAGGAGGGCACAGGUCAGUACGGCGCCUCUGGCACCGCAUCUGUGUGCCUUCACCCGCUUAAAACUGUGGUCACAAGCCAGAUGUUGACCGUGUGUCCCCACCGGUUGAACGCAGGGAGCGAGCAGGUGGACGAGCAGAACGCCCAGGAGGAAACGGAGGACAAACUCAGGCAGUGCAUAGACAACCUGAUGGACAAGAGUGCGAAGGGCCGUCUGGCGGCCCUGGAGUCCCUGCGCCAGGCCUUUUCCUCCAGAGUGCUGUAUGACUUCCUGACAGACCGACGCCUCACCGUCAGCGACUGUCUGGAGAGGAGUCUGAAAAAAGGCGGCGGUGAGGAGCAGGCGGCGGCGGCCACGGUCUUCACCCUGCUCUGCAUCCAGCUGGGGGGCGGGGACGAGGCAGAGGAGGGCCUGAAGAUGCUCCGGCCCAUCCUCACCGCCCUCCUGAUCGACACCAGUGUCAGCAUAGCGGCUCGCCAGAGCUGUGCUCGGGCUCUGGGGAUGUGCUCUUACGUCUCAACUGCGGAGGAAGGAGAGGACCUGGUCAAGUCGUUGGCUCUUCUGGAGAACGUCUUCGUGGCUUCCUACCCAAACAAAGAGGGAACGCUGCCCACGCUCAAACCCGGUCUUCCCGGCCUGUACGGCGCCGCCCUGCAGGCCUGGUCACUGCUGGUCACCCUCUGCCCUCCCUCCAGACUCACCGUGCUGCUGGACUUUCACCUGCCCAAGCUGCAAGUGUGUCUCCAGAGCAGCGACGUAAACUACAGGAUCGCUGUGGGAGAGACCAUCGCCCUCCUGGUCGAGUUGGGACGCGAAGUAGACGAGGAGUUUGAGGUGGGGGACGCUGAAAGUCUGUGUGAGAGUCUGAAGAGUUUAGCCACCGACGGCAAUAAGCACAGAGCCAAAAACGACAGAAGGAAACAACGUUCCAUCUUCAGAGAGGUUCUGCAUUACAUAGAGAACGAGGAUUUCUCAGAGGAGAAGAUCAGGUUUGGAGUGGAGAGCGUUUACAUCGACAGCUGGAUGAGAAGACGAAUCUACGACGCUUUCAAGGAGAUCCUCGAAUCUGGAGUCAGACACCAUCUACAGUUUAAUCCACUGCUGCGUGACAUCUUUGGCCUUGGAGCCCCCCUCAUCCUGGAUGCUUCCAUCAAAGGGAACAAGAUCUCACGGUUUGAGAAGCACCUUUUUAACUCAGCUGCCUUCAAAGCCAGAACUAAACAGAGGAACAAAGUCAGGGAUAAACGCGCCGACGUCAUGUGAGAGUGGACGGCCUGAAUGGGACCGGUGGACUGCACCGACAUGGAUCCACGCUGCCUUCGACUCUUCUCCUGUUACCACACACAGGCUCAACACAACGGGUCCUGUCGUUUUUGCUCCUCAUGUACAUUUGAACGGUCCACGAUUCGAGAUUAUUGAUUACUUUCAUCAGUGAGUGUGAAGUAUUAAAUGUCAGUAGAGAAAUUCAGAAUGAUUUUAGACUGUGCGGCCCUCCUGGGUGCUGAUGGGUAGGAUUUCUGUAUGAUUCCUGGCUCAGACUGCAGCCAUGCCUUUUGACAGGUCUUUCAUGACUUUUUAAACUGUAUUUACCAGGCUCUCCUGCACACAUCAGGGAUCAUUCAAAGGCUAAAGCUAUGCCUUUAAGAUUCAAAUUCUCUAAAAAGAGCCAGGAAAAUAUCGUAGAAAAUCUUUAGAAAACGUACUCUGUUUCCCUCCGUCUUUAAACCCUGAGUGGCUCCCUCAGGUGCCAGACAGAGACAGACUUGACAAACAAUGCAACCUUACAGGAAGUGUGUGUGUGCGUGUGUGUGUGAGUGAGUGUUUUGUUUAAAAUGAAUUUAACCACAAAAUAAAACACUUAAACAUAUAAACAAGAAGAUGCCUAAUUUAAAAAAGGAUUCAAAGACUUGAUAUUGUCAUCUUUGUAUUCAUAACUUUUGAAAGGAAAUUUCUAAUCACUUUUUUUGGGAAAUUGUAUUUUACUUUCUAAUUUAUUAUCAGAAAUGUAAUAUGUGGUUUUUAAAAAAACUUCAUGUUAAAAACUGUUUACAGAUACAAAGAUGGGUAAAGAUGACAAUUUCUCUUUUUUUCUGUGUAUUUUUUUAAUGCAGAAUGGUGGGUCAUUCAGUCUAUUGUAUGUAUUGAAAAUAUACUGAAUAUAACGAAUUUAUGGACGUCUGUUUAUUAAAAGGUUUGAAUGACUUCAUCUGCAGUUCACAUGGGACAGCUGCUAUUCAGAGCUGCUGAUGGGAGGAGUUUGGUGAUGCCGUUUGACUGAUGGUCGGGCUAGCAUUUGAAAUGGACAAUAACUGUUUCAGUAACUGUGAAGGAUGAUGAAGCAGUUUUUUUCCAGGGUCACGCCUAAAC